AUGGACCCUCCGCCAGCCUCAACGUUCAGGCCAAGAACAGGUCCGGCCCCGAAGCUCAUCGAAGGGCCUCGAGUCGGUCAACGGAGUUUGUACCAGCAGCGAGUCCUCGAUGAAGACACGUAUACCGAUGCCCUCUCCCACAUCAUCACUCGCGACUUCUUCCCAAACCUUCCUCAUGUGCACGCUACCAACGCCUACCUUACCGCCUUGACGAAUAACGACCCAGAACUCCUUUCUUCCUCGAUCCGGCGGCUGGCCCAGCUCGCUCAGGAGAAGGAGGAUGGAGUUGGGCGUAUAGGACCUAGCGGUACGAGGGAGAAGGAGGAGCGCGAAGCUAAGGAGGCAAGGCGGCGCGAACUGGAGAAUAUGGGAACACCAUACAUCUCUGUUCCGGGAGGCGGGUCAAGGCGGGCGGCGCGGACGCCUAUAGGGGCAAGAGGCUGGGACACGCCAGACGUCAGGGGAGAGUCAUCAAGGCGGAGAGGGGAGGAGUUUGACGAGCUCGAUGGCGCUGGCGAGACGCCUGGACCGUCUCAGCCAAAGAAGAAGCGGAAACAGCCUGCACCAGACACAGUCAGGGAUGACCUCACCCUCGAUGCGUUCCAGCGCAACUAUACCUCGGAGGACAACGCGUCAUUCGUCCAGAUUGUCGAUAAGGAGAAUCAACAGCGCCGGGAGGAUAGAUGGGGAUGGGCAUGGGAGGUGGAGAGAAAGGCAAAGGAGAGGCGGCUGGAAGGGGAGGCGAGAAGAAAGAUGAUCCUCGAUACUGCGACGAAUGGAGAGUGGAGGGUCAAUGCCGAGGGAAAGCGUCUGAUAGGCGGUCUGGCCGAGGGAGGAAGGGACAGAGCAGAGGGAGAGGUGUGGAAGGAGGAGUUGAAGCUCGUCACUGGUGGCGAGGCGGACGCUGAGGUCGAGGGCGGAGCGGCAUCAUCAGCCCUUGUACCACAUGCCUCGUCAUCGACUUCGUCAGCACUCAUCACCUCGAAAGACGCCGCCGGAUCACAAUCACGAGCAAGCACGGACAGUUACACCGAAGAGGCCAUUCCCGCGGAAACGCCGCUUGGUCGAGCUCUCACCGCUGCCGGGCUCCCCACUACCGUCUUGGUGUCGAAGGAGGAUGGCGCGUUGGUGCCCAUGCGGGAAGUGACGAGCGGCGGAGGUGACGGUCGUGGACGCGGAUUUGGCGAUAAGGAAAGCAGGGAGUUGAUUGAGCGGGUCAUCAUGGGAGACGAGGAGAGGGAACAUUUGGGUAUGGCCGGUAGCGGAGCCGAUUUGUGGGGGUACAAGACCCGGAACAACUUUUACUUUGCCGCCGACGCAAAUACGGAUCCCUACCCCAAACCCCAAGCCAGCAAAGCAGCGCCUACCCGGUCAGCUCCUCCCGCUAUAUCACACGCCAACACUCGUCUGCCGGAUGACGACGAGGUCGGACCCGCUAGUCGAGGGCGCACAAGCAGUACGCGGCGGGGAAGCAGUCCCGCCCGGAGUUGGGUCGCUGCUGCCGUCAAGGGCACACCGUACCAUCCCGGCGGCAGCAGCGGCUCCGAGGAUGGUAUGCCUACCAUCAACAACUAUGCCCUCGUCGCCGCGGACCCGUCACCUGCGCCAGAAGACCUCCCAUCCCUCCUUACAUGGGGAACCCUCCUCGCGACCCCCAAAGCCCUGGACGGGAGUGACGACCCGCUCGAUACCGGCCGGUCCUUCCGCCUUCCUGCCAAUCAACGGCGAGACGAGAUCGGCCGCCGGCUCGGCAACAAGGCGUCGAAGGAUAUGAAUGAGCGUGCCAAGGGCUACACACCAAGGCCGAGCGGAUCGUCCCUCUCCUCCACGCUCAAAGCGGCUGCGGACCGCUCCCGAGGCGUUCGGAUGGCCACUCCGGGAGGUAUGGGCCAGAUGCUCCCGCCGUCGAGCACACCAAAGAGGGAUCAUCUGACCCCGGCGGGGAAGAGGUUGUUGGAGCGUAGUCUGGGAAGGAGCCCUAUGACGACGUCGGGAAGUAAAGUAGGGGCGAGCGGGCGGAAUCGAGGCGCAGCGAUGGAAGUGGGGAGUGGGUGGGGUAUGGCAUCGGGCGGGAAGGGCAAGAAGGUCGGGGAGAUGAGCUGGACGCCGAGUCCCGGGCACAGGCGGUAA